AUGUCCAACAGCAGCUCCAUCACCGAGUUCCUCCUCCUGCCAUUUGCAGACACACGUGAGCUGCAGCUCCUGCACUUCGUGCUUUUUCUGGGCAUCUACCUGGCUGCCCUCCUGGGCAAUGGCCUCAUCCUCACCACUGUAGCCUAUGACCACAGCCUCCACACCCCCAUGUACUUCUUCCUUCUCAACCUUGCCCGCCUCGACAUGGGCUGCAUCUCCACCACUCUCCCCAAAGCCAUGGCCAAUUCCCUCUGGGACAUCAGGGCCAUUUCCUACUCAGGAUGUUCUGCACAGGUCUUUUUCUUCUUCUUUUUGUUUUCAGCAGAGUUUUGUCUUCUCACUGUCAUGUCCUACGACCGCUAUGUUGCCAUCUGCAAGCCCCUGCACUACGGGAGCCUCCUGGGCAGCAGAACUUGUUCUAAGAUGGCAGCAGCUGCCUGGGGCAGUGGGGUUCUCAAUGCUCUGCUGCACACUGCCAAUACAUUUUCAUUGCCACUGUGCGGUGGCAAUGCUGUGAACCUUUUCUUCUGUGAAAUCCCUCAGAUCCUCAAGCUCUCCUGCUCACACUCCUACCUCAGGGAAGUUUGGCUUCUUCUGUUUGGUUUCUGUUUAACAUCUGGCUGUUUUAUAUUCAUUGUGCUGUCCUACAUGCAGAUCUUCAGGGCUGUGUUGAGGAUGCCCUCUGAGCAGGGCCGGCACAAAGCCUUUUCCAUGUGCCUCCCUCACCUGGCUGUGGUCUCUCUGGUUAUUAGCACUGGCAUGUUUGCCUAUCUGAAGCCCCCUUCCAUCAUUUUCCCAUCCUUGGAUCUCGUGGUGGCAGUUCUUUAUUCAGUGGUUCCCCCAGCAGUGAAUCCCCUGAUCUACAGCAUCAGGAACCAGGAGCUCAAGGGUGCUCUUAGGAAAGUGAUUUCAAGGAUAUUUUUGAAUAGUGAAAAAUUUCCCUUCGUUCUCCACAAAUGA